CUCCGUUCUUCUGUUCUCAAAGGUUUGUUCUGGUGUUUAUGGCCUUCCUUGGAAACCUGUUUGUGUACACGCUGAGAGUGAACCUCUCUGUGGCCAUCAUGUGCAUGGUGCGCAGCGACGAGGGCCAGUCCAACCUGACACUGUCGGCCAAUGUCACAGCUGCCAAUAUCAGCAGCAGUUCUUGCGGCGAGAGCGCUGGUGAUCGGGCUCGAUCAGUUUCUAAUGAGCGUGCUGAGUUUGACUGGGAUAAACGCACCAGAUCCGAGCUACUGGUCAUGUACUUUUACGGAUACAUCUUUUCACAAAUACCAAGUGGUUGGAUGGCAUCACGAUAUGGAGGGAAGCAACUAUGGAAUGUCUGCAUGUUGAUCAGUGCCAUCUGUGCCAUUGUGACGCCAAUCAGUGCCAGAACUCAUGUGUACUUGGCUUACGCUGUACGGUUCAUUCUUGGUCUUGCUGCGGGUGUUACAUUCCCCUGUGUGCAUGCACUGCUGGGACAAUGGGCUCCGCCUUUUGAAAGAAGUAAAAUGGCAUCAGUGACAUUCGCAGGACCGUUGGUGGGAAACAUCGUCACCUUCUCCAUCUCGGGCGUCUUGUGCGAGUACGGCUUCGACAAUGGCUGGGGAUCCAUAUUUUAUCUGUCGGGUAUUUUCAACUUGUUAUGGGUGGUUGCCUGGCACUUACUUGUAGCUGAUACUCCAGCUAAACAUCCACGUAUUUCUGCGAAGGAGAGACUCUACAUCCAGACAUCUAUUGGGAAAGGCGUUGCCAAAAAGGUGCAGCGAGUGCCUUGGUUAAAAAUGUUCACCUCUGGACCACUGUGGGCUGUGAUUGCUGGUCAUCUGUGCAACAACUACGUUACUUAUACCCUUCUCACUUCGUUGCCAAUCUUCAUGAAAGAAAGCCUCAACUUUGAUAUCAAACAGAAUGGAGCGCUGUCAGCACUGCCCUACUUAUGUCAGUUCGUGGCCUCUUUAGGGGUCGGUUAUAUGGCGGAUUUGUUGCUCGAACGAGGUUUCUUGACCACUAAAAGUGUUCGCAAGUCUUUCCAGUGUUUCUCUUUCGUAGGGACUGCCGUGUGUAUUGCUUGUGUUGGACUAAUGAACUGUGAGAUGCGACAGUUGGCGGUGGCUCUGCUGUGUUCGUGUACCAUCUUCAUGAGCUUCAACCGGGCUGGCUAUAACGUCAAUCAUUUGGAUUUAGCUCCAAGUUACGCUGGGGUGUUGUUUGGCAUCACCAACACUGCAGCAACUAUACCUGGCAUGGUGGCUCCGUUGAUAGCAGGAAUUCUAACCCCUAAC